UCUAAAAAACGAACAAGAAAAAAACAGCGAUAACAUACUUGUCUAUAUACUUUCAAUGUCCAUCAAUUCCACAAGAGUCACCAUCUAGACUCUCCAAAAAGUCAGAACACUUUCCAGAUGGACCAAAAUACAUGAAGUUUGUUUUUCAAAAAAUAGAACCAACCAAACGUAUGCUUUCCUUCCAAGGGUUGGCAGAGCUGGCGCACCGUGAAUAUCAGUCAGGAGAUUUUGAGGCGGCUGAACGCCACUGUAUGCAGCUGUGGAGGCAGGAGCCGGAUAAUACUGGCGUACUGCUGCUGCUCUCCUCUAUCCACUUCCAGUGCCGCAGGCUUGACAGGUCUUCCCACUUUAGCACUCUGGCCGUCAAGCAGAACCCCAUGCUGGCUGAGGCCUACUCAAACCUGGGCAACGUUUACAAGGAACGGGGUCAACUUCAGGAGGCCAUCGAGCACUACCGCCACGCGCUUCGUCUCAAACCAGACUUCAUCGAUGGAUACAUCAACCUGGCAGCAGCGUUGGUGGCAGCAGGGGACAUGGAGGGAGCAGUUCAAGCAUAUGUGUCCGCCCUCCAGUACAAUCCUGAUCUGUAUUGUGUACGCAGUGACUUGGGUAACCUGCUUAAGGCGCUUGGGCGCCUUGAAGAGGCAAAGGCUUGUUACCUGAAGGCAAUUGAAACUCAGCCAAACUUUGCCGUGGCCUGGAGUAACCUGGGCUGCGUGUUCAAUGCUCAGGGGGAGAUCUGGCUGGCCAUACAUCAUUUUGAGAAGGCAGUGACACUGGACCCAAACUUUUUGGACGCUUACAUCAACUUGGGCAAUGUUCUGAAAGAGGCUCGUAUCUUUGACAGAGCUGUUGCUGGUUAUCUGCGUGCCCUCAGCCUGAGCCCUAACCAUGCUGUUGUCCAUGGAAACCUGGCGUGCGUGUACUACGAGCAGGGUUUGAUUGACCUGGCUGUUGACACCUACCGUCGUGCCAUUGAGCUGCAGCCACACUUUCCUGAUGCAUACUGCAAUCUCGCUAAUGCUCUGAAGGAGAAGGGCAAUGUUUCUGAAGCUGAGGAGUGUUACAACACUGCGCUGCGUCUGUGCCCGACUCACGCUGACUCCCUUAACAAUCUGGCCAACAUCAAGCGCGAGCAGGGCAACAUUGAGGAUGCUGUGCAGCUCUACAGAAAAGCACUGGAGGUGUUCCCUGAAUUUGCUGCUGCCCAUUCAAACCUUGCCAGUGUCCUGCAACAGCAGGGGAAACUUCAGGAAGCUCUCAUGCACUAUAAGGAGGCAAUCAGAAUCAGCCCCACAUUUGCUGAUGCUUACUCUAACAUGGGCAACACUUUGAAAGAGAUGCAGGAUGUUCAGGGGGCGCUGCAGUGCUACACUCGAGCCAUUCAGAUCAACCCCGCUUUUGCAGAUGCUCACAGUAACUUGGCUUCCAUACACAAGGAUUCUGGGAACAUUCCUGAAGCAAUUGCAUCUUACCGCACUGCCCUGAAGCUCAAGCCUGAAUUCCCUGAUGCUUACUGUAACCUGGCUCACUGUCUGCAGAUUGUAUGUGACUGGACCGACUACGAUGAGCGCAUGAAGAAGCUGGUGAGCAUUGUGGCUGAUCAACUGGAGAAGAACCGCCUGCCAUCCGUGCAUCCCCAUCACAGCAUGCUGUACCCCCUCUCUCAUGGUUUUCGCAAAGCAAUUGCAGAGAGGCAUGGCAACUUGUGUCUGGAUAAGGUCAAUGCUCUUCAUAAACCUGCCUAUGAGCGUCCAAAGGACUUGAAGGCCAGUGGAGGCCGUUUGCGUGUGGCUUACGUAAGCUCUGAUUUUGGCAACCAUCCCACUUCCCACCUGAUGCAGUCCAUCCCUGGCAUGCACAACUCUGAGAAAUUUGAGGUGUUUUGCUAUGCUCUCAGCCCCGAUGACAGCACCAACUUCAGAGUUAAAGUCAUGGCUGAGGCUCAUCACUUCAUUGACCUCUCACAGAUCACCUGCAAUGGAAAAGCAGCAGACAGGAUCCAGCAAGAUGGAGUCCACAUCUUGGUCAACAUGAAUGGCUAUACUAAAGGAGCACGCAAUGAGCUGUUCGCCUUGCGCCCUGCACCCAUUCAGGCCAUGUGGCUUGGAUACCCAGGGACCAGUGGAGGUCCAUUCAUGGACUACAUUAUCACUGAUAAGGAGACGUCUCCUUUUGAGGUUGCAGAGCAGUACUCUGAGAAACUAGCCUACAUGCCAAACACUUUCUUCAUUGGAGAUCAUGCCAAUAUGUUCCCUCACCUCAAGAAAAAAGCGGUGAUAGACUUCAAGUCAAAUGGCCAUAUUUUCGACAAUCGCAUUGUACUGAAUGGCAUCGAUCUGAAAGCCUUCCUGGAAAGCCUGCCAGAUAUCAAAGUUGUGAAGAUGGAAUGUGAUGGUCAAGAGUCAGCUGACAGUAACGGUGCCCUGUCCAUGCCCAUCAUCCCUAUGAACACAGCGGCUGAGGCCAUCAUUAACAUGAUCAACCAGGGCCAGAUCCAGGUCACCAUCAACGGCUUUACCGUCAGCAACGGCCUGGCCACCACUCAGAUUUUUACUGUGGAGGAGGUUAUAGUAUCUGGGACUGUAGCCUUGCAGAUUAACAACAAGGCAGCAACAGGAGAAGAAGUUCCCAGAACAAUCGUGGUGACCACCCGCUCGCAAUAUGGACUCCCUGAAGACUCUAUUGUCUACUGCAACUUCAACCAGCUCUAUAAGAUUGACCCUCCCACCCUUCAGAUGUGGGCCAAUAUCCUGAAGCGUGUGCCCAACAGUGUGAUUUGGCUGCUGCGCUUCCCAGCCGUGGGUGAGCCCAAUAUCCAACAGUACGCUCAGAACAUGGGCCUGCCUGCUUCUCGCAUCAUCUUCUCCCCUGUGGCUCCCAAAGAGGAGCAUGUGCGACGUGGACAGCUGGCUGAUGUGUGCCUGGACACGCCGCUCUGUAACGGACACACCACAGGCAUGGAUGUGCUGUGGGCUGGUACCCCCAUGGUUACUAUAUGA